GUUUUAUUCAAGAUGUUUUUAAUAAUGCAACAGUUUAUGCAAGCGUUGGCGUGUUUGUGGAUCGUGGUUUUGGUAGCACUGACAACACACAUACACUUCCUAAUCCUACGGGCUUUCUUCAUGUUUUUGUACCCUUCUUUGGUGGUGCUGAUGAUCGUGAGGCACUUAAUUUCGUUUUUAGAUUACUUGAAUACCCAAAUGUCAGUGUAAAUGUGGUGAGAAUAAUAAAAUCAGAAAAACCUACUGAUAACGAUGUCACGUUAUUAAAAUCUGAUGCCCACUUCGAGAAUAAUAAUGUAAACGACGAAAAAGAUCAACAAAUUUCGACUAGUUCUGUUAGCGAAACUGUUUCACGUCAAGAUGAUAAAGAAGAUGAAUCCUUUUUAGAAAUGCCCUUAAAAUCAAAAUCUGGAUAUCCUGCGAAAAAUGCACGUAUAAGUUAUAAAGAAGUUUCUUCUUAUACACCAAUACAAACUGCUGUUGAACGCGCCAAAAAAGUUGUCAAUAGAAAAGAUUUAGUUGUUGUAGGGCGUAGUUGUCAUUCGCAUGUGAAUGAACCUCAUCACCAUUAUGAAUUUGGAGAAUUAAUUAAAAAUUUAGGCAACUAUGGUAAUGAUACGCAUAAAUCUUUAGGCUAUGUUUCUGAAGCAUUUUUAGUUGGAGGUGUUAUGGCAAGUCUUUUGGUUUUACAAGCAAAGCAAGUUAAUGAUAAAAACGAGCUGAUUAAAUAA